UGGUAGUCGAGCCGUUUACAAGUACGGACCGGAAGCAGCGUGGGGUUACUGAAGCAACUUUUACUUACCUCAGUUUUGGUUGGAACAUUUUAGAUCAAUUCAGCCUAAAAAUGUUAAGAAGAGCAACUACACAGAUCGUAAGACAGAUGUUGAGGCACAAUAGCACAGACCCAAGCGUAAUUCUUGAGCGAUCAAUUAACCGUGUGCAGCUAUUGGGCCGAGUUGGGCAGGACCCAGUAAUGAGACAAGUUGAAGGUCGAAACCCUGUCACAAUCUUUUCAGUAGCGACCAAUGAAAUGUGGCGCUCUGGGGAAGGAGAAAUGAACCCAGGAUCAGGAGAUAUCAGUCAAAAGACAACCUGGCACCGUGUGUCUGUAUUUAAACCCGGUUUGAGAGAUGUAGCCUACCAGUACAUCAAAAAGGGGUCCAGGGUUCUUGUUGAAGGAAAACUUGACUACGGAGAGUAUGUGGAUAAAAACCAAGUCAGACGUCAGGCAACCACCAUUAUUGCAGAUAACAUUAUUUUCCUCAGUGACAACAUUAGAGACAGGACUUGACUUUGCGCUUAAUGAGAAACUUCAAAUAGGACCCAAGUGCCAUGGAGAAGGCACAUCUCAAAGAACUUGUAUCACUCACACAUUUGAAGAUCAUGUUAUUGUUUAAAUGCCAUCUAUGAUUAUGCUAAAAGACCAUGUAUACUCUUUAAUGUUGUUUUAUGUAAAAUUGUGUAUGGUGGUUGCUCCUUGAGCAGCCACACAAACAAAGCAGAAUCUGCAUGUCCUCUGUGAAUUAGAUUCCCUCUUGGUAUGCCAGAUUCUCCCACCAUCCAAAGACAUGCAUAUGUUAUGUGCAUGAGAGGGAGUGCUUGUCUGUAUGACUAGCCUUCUGCCUACUCGUGUACUGGCUCCAGCACUUGUACCCAUCAUAUGGGAAAGACUUGGAUCAAUGAAAGAAUGUUUGGGGAAAACAAUUACAAGUGUUUUUUUUUGUUUUGUAAUGGGUAUUCCAGGCGAUAGCCUUAGAAAUGCAAGUUAAAAACAGCUGCUGUUUAUUGCGGCUCUAAGACUGGACAAGUCAUCUUUGUUGUAGGACCUUGUUCUAUAUUGUUUUCACCAUUUGUUAAUAUGAGGUUAUUUUCUGACUAGUCUUUAUUUUAUUGCUUUUUCUUUCCCUCCCAGUGGUUAUGAGCAGUUAAAAAUUGUUCAUAAUAAAGUUUUAGUAUAUGAGGUA